AGACCCGGCUCUGUGAGUCACCAGCGCAGUCUGACAGCGGCAAACCGAACAGUCAGCUCUGGCACUGGGCAAGCGUGUGUGUGACAGAGAGACAAGAGAGAGGGUUAGAGGUGGGGAAAAGAGAGAAUAGAGAGACAGAGUUAGUUUGUGUGAGAGGAGAAGAAGAGAGCGAGUGAAGGAGAAAGAGGAGAGAGAAAAGAUGAGAAAGCAGAUAUAGGGAAAUGGGUGAGAGAGAGAGUGACUGAGACAGAAGGGGAGAGAGAGAGAGAGGGGGGGGGGGAGUGUGGAAAAAGAGAAGUGACCAGGAGACUGUGGAGUGACGGAAAGAUUCUUCGGCGGAUGGACAGGAGAGAAGGAGCGAUGAAGGGGGAGCUGAUGGCCACCCUCGGGCUGUGCCUGGUCCUGUGUAUGUCUGCCGCCCCGGUUGCACGCACCAAACGCGAGACGUCGCAGGGAUGUGCCACCGAUCAGUUCUGGAACGAGGACCUUUCAAAGUGCCUGGACUGCAGUCUCUGUGAAAAACAGACAAACACACCAGGGUGUGAUGCUUGCCCGAAGACGUGCGAAGACGGGAAGUUCUGGAACAAUGACAACCAGCAGUGCAUUUCAUGUGAGAUAUGCAAGUCGCAGCCAAAAACUCCGCAGUGCAACUUGUGCAAAAUAGCAUACCCAACAACAGAGCCAGAAGUGAAUUUGGAUUUGCCGCUAUGGAUUUGGAUAGUGAUCAUAUUAGUGUUUGUUGUGUCUGUGCCGAUUGGCCUGGCCUGGUACAAAUCCAAGGAAUUUAACACAUCAGCAGUGGCAAAGCCUGUCCAGGAGAUCGGGACCGCGGAUGCACCAAACCAACACAUGUUGGCCUCUGACUGAGGGUUCCUGCAAUGCUCUCCUGUCCUCUCGUCUGUGUGUGUUUGUUUGUGAGACGCCUCAUCGUGAAGAUCCACGUUCGUUGAGGAUGUCACUGUUCGGGAGAAGAGAUUAGCUUCCACUGUAGACUGAGAACUAGCUAAAAGUGCUAUUCCACUCUCUCCAGGAUCAGAUGACACAUCCAGACAUACUUGUCUGAGCAUCCGAUUAACUUCAAUAAUCUGGAUGACUUUCUGGCACCAGGCAUUGGACACAACAUCCUCUCCUUCCCCUUCGGGACCGGGCAUUGGACACAACAUCCUCUUCCUCCCCUUUUUGGGACCAGACAUCUAUCACACCAUUUUCUCCAUCCCCCCGCCCCCCCCAGGACUCUGUGUCAGACACAACGUUCUCUCUUCCUCCACCAGAACAAGGCACCAGACACAUUGACCUCUCCCUCCACCCUCCAACCCUCUGGAACUGGACAUCGCAUGAACUGCCCUCUUUCUCCUCUCCUGGACCGAGGAAGCUUCAAUUGGUUUUUGGCUCUGGGGGCAUAUGGCAGGAUAAUGUGGCGGGAGCCUCACGCUGUGUCUGACCCCAGGAAUGUGUGAUGGACCUUGUGGAGGGAGCUUCACUUUGCGUCUGACCUCAGGAGCAUCUGAUGGGAUGGUGUGGAGGAAGCUUCACUAUGUGUCUGAUGCCAGGAGUGUAUGAUGGGACGGUGUGGAGGGAGCUUCACUCAGUGUCAGACCCCAGGAUGUGUGAUGGGACAGUGUGGAGGGAGCUUCACUCUGUGUCUGACCCUGGGAGUGUAUGAUGGGGCGAUGUGGAGGGAGAUUCACUCUGUGUCUGACCCCGGGAAUGUUUGAUGGGACAGUGCAGAGGGAGUCUCACUCUGUGUCUGACCCGUGUCCUGGGAGAGUGUAACAUGUGGAGGGAGCUUCACUCUGUGUCUGACCCUGGGAGUGUGUGAUGGGACAGCGUGGAGGGAGAUUCACUCUGUGUCUGACCCCGGGAGUGUGUGAUGGGACAGUGUGGAGGGAAAUUCACUCUGUGUCUGACCCUGGGAGUGUGUAUUGGGGCAAUGCAGAGGGAGCUUCACUCUGUGUCUGACCCCGGGAAUGUUUGAUGGGACAGUGUGAAGGGAGCUUCACUCUGUGUCUGACCCUGGGAGUGUGUGAUGGGACAAUGCAGAGGGAGAUUCACUCUGUGUCUGACCCCGGGUGUGUGUAUUGGGGCAAUGCAGAGGGAGCUUCACUCUGUGUCUGACCCACGCCCCGAGAAGAUGUAACGGAGUAAAGGGAUCUUUGUACCUAACCUGGGAUAGUUUUAGUGGAGUUAAUAUUUUACAAUCAGUGUUGUUUAUUUAUAAUAUUAAAUAAAGACUUUGUUAAGAAAUUUA